AUGGUUCCAAUGAGAUGGCUCAUUAUUCAUUCAUAUGCCGACACUUUGCGAGUUAACGUUGCGCCAGACCGGAGGCAGAUACUUUUCAACAAAGGAAAGAGUAAAAUAACCAAAAUGUCUGAUAUAUCGAAAGUUAUAGCAGCGGUUACAGGAUCUGAUGACCCUGUGAUAAUUGAAUUUGUGCUGAAUAUUAUGAAUAAAUCCGAAAGUGCGCAAGAGUUUAUACGAAAUAUCCAAAAUUUGGACGUCGGUAUAUCUAACGAAGACAGUUCUAAAUUGUAUUAUGCAUUUUCAGAGGAACACAAAAAAGAAAAGAUACAAAGCGCUGGUAUAGAUCCACAAAUGAGUCAGAAAGUUCAUCAAGUUUUAAAAGAUGAGGUUGAUUUGGACGACCCUGUUGUGACUGAAUUUGUACUUAACAUUUUAAAUGAAUCUAAAUCGAUAGCUGAGUUCCGGGAAAAACUGAACUUCAUGCAAAGCGGACUCGGUAAUGAGACAAUCUUCAAAAUUUACCAGAUUGUAUCACCACCGGUAAUGAAAGAAGAAGCCCCAGCUUUUCAAAGUACUAAAAUCCAAGAAAAUGUGGAGACAAAGAUAGAAAAAGAAGCGCAAAGGUUAGAAAGUUUAGAUCCCAGCCCCAUCCUUCACAAAGUUUACCAAGGUAGAGUGAGAAACAUAACUACCUUUGGCUGUUUUGUCCAGAUUUUUGGAACAGAGAUAAAGAACUGUGAUGGCUUAGUACAUAUUUCAGAGAUGUCGGAACAAAGAAUAUCGGAUACAAAUGAUGUAGUGAAACAAGGCCAACAAGUGUUUGUUGAAGUAAUAAAAAUACAAAAGAAUGGAAAAAUAUCGCUUUCGAUGAAAAAUAUCGAUCAACAAAGUGGAGAAAUCGAGAAAUCGAACGGUGCAACCUUUCAAGAGAGAGGUAGGUCCAAUGAUGCUCAGUCAAAGAGGCUGAUAAAAAAUAAAAUUAAAAGGCGUGCAUUGACUUCUCCGGAAAGAUGGGAAAUUCGACAACUCAUUGCCAGCGGUGCUGCUUCUAUCGAUGAUUAUCCGGAAUUAAAGGACGAAAUACCCGUAAACACUUCUUAUCUGACCGCCACAAGAGAAGUGAAUAGUACAAUCAAAAAUAAAGCAGAAAAGGAACAAAAACCAAAAGAAGAACCAGAAGAUGAUAUGGACGAAAUUGAUGUUGAGUUGAAUACAGAUGAUGGACCUGAGUUUUUAAGGGAUGAACAAGUCAAGGGGGCCAGGAAAUAUGAAAUGCCUAAAAUAACAAAAGUUCCAAGAGGAUUCAUGAAUCGUUCCGCAAUGAAUGGUUCAAAUGCUGUAAGAGACCACAGAGAAGAAAAAUUAAGGAAAAAAAGAGAAAUCGAACAAAAGAUUAGAAAAAAGCAAUCAUUUGAUGAUCCUACGAAGAAUAGGAAUGAUUCCAAGGACGAAAUUCAAACGUUGAGAAAACAGCUUGUCGUUACUGAAUGGGAAAGAAAUAGAAUGAAUGAACCCAUCUCUUACGGGAAAAGAACCUCGAUGCCAAUCAGUGCACAGCGUCAGACUUUGCCUGUAUACGCUAUGAGAUCAGAAUUGAUGCAGGCUGUGCGAGAAAAUCAAUUUCUAGUCAUUGUUGGUGAGACAGGCUCGGGAAAAACCACUCAAAUUACUCAAUAUUUAGAUGAAGAAGGGUUCAGUAACUACGGGAUGAUUGGAUGUACUCAGCCUCGUAGGGUUGCUGCCGUAUCUGUUGCAAAAAGAGUUGCUGAAGAAGUUGGCUGCAAAGUUGGACGUGAUGUAGGUUAUACUAUUAGAUUCGAAGAUGUUACUGGCCCAGAUACUAGGAUAAAGUAUAUGACUGAUGGUAUGUUACAGAGAGAGGCCUUGCUAGAUCCUGAAAUGUCAAAAUACUCCGUUAUCAUGUUAGAUGAAGCUCACGAAAGGACCGUGGCAACUGAUGUUUUAUUUGCAUUGCUGAAGAAAGCAGCUAUUAAGAGGCCUGAAUUGAAAGUAAUAGUUACAUCGGCCACUUUGAACUCUGCUAAAUUUUCAGAGUAUUUUUUAAACUGUCCCAUUAUUAACAUACCUGGUAAGACAUUUCCCGUGGAAGUGCUCUACUCACAGACACCCCAAAUGGAUUAUAUAGAGACAGCUUUGGAUUGCGUAAUCGAUAUCCAUAUUAAUGAGGGGCCAGGUGACAUUUUAGUCUUUUUGACUGGGCAAGAAGAAAUAGAUUCUUGCUGUGAAAUACUAUAUGAUAGGGUAAAGACGUUAGGUGAUAGCAUUGGUGAAUUAUUGAUUUUGCCUGUUUAUUCUGCUUUACCAAGUGAAAUACAAUCGAAAAUUUUUGAACCCACUCCAAAAAACAGCAGAAAAGUUGUAUUUGCUACGAAUAUUGCAGAAACAUCUAUCACUAUUGAUGGUAUAUACUAUGUCGUGGACCCUGGAUUUGCGAAAAUCAACAUUUAUAAUGCUAGAGCAGGUAUCGAGCAGUUGAUAGUAUCUCCGAUCUCACAAGCACAGGCAAAUCAAAGAAAAGGUAGAGCCGGUAGAACAGGUCCUGGGAAAUGUUAUCGACUCUAUACAGAAUCCGCAUUUUACAAUGAGAUGCUGGAAAACACGGUCCCAGAAAUUCAAAGACAAAAUCUUUCUCAUACCAUUUUAAUGCUAAAGGCCAUGGGAAUCAAUGAUUUAUUGGAAUUUGACUUCAUGGACCCCCCACCCAAAAAUUUAAUGCUUAACGCACUCACAGAAUUAUAUCAUCUGCAGUCACUAGACGAUGAGGGAAAAUUAACAAAACUAGGUAAAGAAAUGUCCUUAUUUCCAAUGGAUCCCACUCUUUCUCGUUCAUUAUUAUCAUCUGUUGAUAAGCAGUGCUCUGAUGAAAUUGUCACUAUAAUAUCAAUGUUGUCGGUACAAAACGUUUUUUAUCGUCCAAAAGAUAAGCAACUGGAAGCCGAUAGCAAGAAGGCAAAAUUUCAUCACCCAUACGGUGACCAUUUAACAUUAUUGAACGUUUACACCAGAUGGCAACAGGCUAAUUACUCAGAACAGUACUGUAAAACAAACUUCUUACACUUCAGACAUUUAAAAAGAGCCAGAGAUGUCAAAAGCCAAAUUAGCAUGAUAUUUAAGAAAAUGGGUUUGAGAUUGAUAAGUUGCCACAGCGAUCCUGAUUUAAUACGUAAAACUUUGGUAUCAGGGUUUUUCAUGAAUGCAGCUAAGCGAGAUUCGCAAGUGGGUUAUAAAACUAUCAAUGGUGGCACAGAAGUUGGGAUACAUCCUUCAAGUUCUUUGUACGGGAAGGAAUAUGAAUACGUCAUUUACCAUAGUCUUGUAUUGACUAGCAGGGAAUACAUGUCACAGAUAACAAGCAUCGAGCCGCAAUGGCUUCUCGAGGUGGCGCCUCAUUUUUAUAAAGCUUCUGAUGCUGAAAGCCAAUCUAGGAAAAGAGCCAAAAUCAUUCCUUUGCAUAACAAAUUUGCCAGGGAUCAAAAUUCAUGGAGAUUGAGCUCCAUAAGACAAUCGAGAGAAAGGGCACUAGGUAUCAAAAGAUAA